CACGAUCCGAAGCUUCCCCCUGUUCCCUCUCCCUCCUCCGUUUCCUUCCCCUCGAAGCAGCGAGCAGCGAGCAGCAGCAAAGCCGCGGCAUCGGCGGCGAUCCCCCAACCGAAUCACCCCCACCUCCGGCGAUCGCCGGCCUCCGCCGCAGGCAUCCAUCCAUCCAUCCAUCUCCGCGUCCGGUCCACCCAGCCCCCCCCUGGCCGAUGGGGAGCGACGCGGAGCCGGCCAAGGGGCUGCUGCCCUACCUGCAGCGCGCCGACGAGCUGCAGAAGCACGAGCCGCUCGUCGCCUACUACUGUCGGCUCUACGCGAUGGAGAAGGGGAUGAGAAUUCCGCAGAAGGAGCGCACCAAGACCACAAACUCCCUCCUCAUCUCUCUCAUGAACCAGCUGGAGAAGGAUAAGAAGUCAUUGACUUUGGGGUCUGAUGACCAUCUUCAUGUAGAGGGGUUUGCAUUGAAUGUCUUUGCUAAAGCAGACAAACAGGAUCGUGCUGGACGAGCGGACAUAAACACUGCAAAAACCUUCUAUGCUGCCAGCAUCUUCUUUGAGAUCCUCAACCAAUUUGGUGAGCUUCAGACUGAUGUUGAGCAGAAACAGAAAUAUGCCAUCUGGAAGGCUGCUGAAAUAAGAAAAGCUCUCAAAGAAGGACGGAGGCCUGAAGCUGGUCCUCCUGGUGGGGACAAAGAUGAAGCACCUGACAGCACCACCACAAAUUCCCAUCUAACGGAUAUGGGGCGCAGCCAAUCCUUUGGCAGUGGGCAGCAUGGGAACGAAGCAUCAUCUCAGCAUGUAGAUCAGGAUUUUAGCAGGAGGGAUAGCUUCUCUGCGGUCCAACCAGGAAAUAAUGCACUCCGGCACAGUACAGAGAAGUUCAAUGACCAUGUCUCUGCCCAGUCACCUUAUUCACCACCACCCCCACAAUCCCAGACGCCCCCACAAUCCCAGUUUUCAUCUCCUGCACAGUCAUCUUAUUCCUCUCCGUCAUAUCAAGGAACAGAUUACCCUUCUUCUGAUGUUCACAAACCACCCCACGGUUAUUCAUCCGCCCCAUAUACAAGCACAGACUACCCUACCAAUGAGGUCCACAAACCACCAUCCAAUUAUUCCUCACCACCGUACACAAGAACAGACUACCCUUCCAGUGAUAGCUACAAUCCCCAGAGCAAUGAUAAACCAGAUAUCCCUACUUAUCCUCACACAUACCACCAGCCACCCUACACAAUUGAACCGCAGCACACAUCUCAAAACUACUACUCUACAGAAACCCCAGCUGCUCCGUAUAACUACUCUAAUUUUCAGUCCUAUCCAAGCUUUCAGGACAGCUCGGUACCUUCUGUCCCAACUCAUCAGUCUUCGUUCUAUCCUGCUAGUGAUGGUACAAGCGCUGUAUCAUACUCUCCUUCUGGAUCGAACCAUCCUGCACCAACACAAUACCACCCGAGUGCUGAUACUACUACGCAUCAAGUUACUCCCCCUGCUAUCGCACCACCGGCUAGCCAAUACAAGUAUGAUAGCAGUUACCAGCCAGAAGUUGAAAAGAUUGCCGAGGCUCACAAGGCAGCAAGAUUUGCAGUUGGUGCCCUCGCAUUUGACGACGUGUCGGUCGCUGUUGAUCACCUGAAGCGCGCGCUGGAUCUUCUGACGAACCCUUCCGCCGAAACUCAUUAGUUCUCUCAGGCUUUCUUAUGGUCUUCGCAGAAAACAUCUUCUGUACAUAUGCUACACUGGUAAUUACUACGACAUGGAGAUGUUGCCUGGUUGCAUACAAACAAAGAUAGCAAAGAUACUGGGUUGGCUACACAAAUCUAGGAGAUCUCGAGGGGCACCUUUUCUCCUGUACCUACAACCAUUGAACGGCUUCUUGUGUGAAGUUGAAUUAUUUGUCACAGAGUUUUGCAAGAAAAGGAUAUACUGUACAUUACAUUUGUUUGAAUAAAUCUUGAGAGGUGAUCUGGUACUUCUUGUAUAUUGACUGCUUUGGUUUAAGGUCUCAUUUGUUAUUA